AUGCAAGAUUUGGUUUUUGAAUUUCCUGCUAUUAACACUUAUUUAAAUUCAUUUUCUUCUCUAACUGCUGGACUCAUUUCAUUUUUUACAGAAAAAGCAUCUAUUGAAACAGAAUAUGGAUCUAGAUUAUUAAACUUAACUAAGGUACCUCUAAAAAGAGUGUUUCAACGUUAUAAUCCAAAAGAUAAUAUGUCUUCAACUAUGAAAGAAUUUAUUGACAAAUUCAUUUCUCAAAAUAAAAUUAUGGCAGAGUGUCAUUUAAAUGCUGCACAAUUUAUAGAAAAGAAUAUUGUCCAAGCUACUAAAACUAGUGCUCAACAAUUAGAAACUAAAAUGAAUGGAAUUACUAAUGAAAUUAAUAGAAGAAUUAAACAACAUAAUGACAUGGUUAGUACCGUUGAAAGAAUUAAAGAAAACAAACAAAAAGCAUUAAAUCAAUUAAAAAAGCUUAAAGAAGAAAAAAAAGGAAAGAGUGGAAAGACUUAUCAAAAGAUGAAUUGUAAACAAGACCAAGUAGUUGAAGACAUUAAAAAAUGUAAUAUUAAUCUAAAGAAUUGUGUUACAAUUACUAAUAAAAUUAGAGAAAAUGUUUAUGGUAAAGAAAUGAAAUGUAUGUUAAAACAAAUUGAAAGUAUUGCAUCAGAAUGGAAUGAAUUAUUAAUUAAUAUGUUUACUUUGGGAAAUGAUCUUGAUAUAGAAAUACUAAAAAAUACAAGUAGGUAUUGUCUUAAAAUUCAACAAUCAAUUCAAAAAAUUAAUUGGACUAAUGACAUUGAAGAAUUCGUUAAUAAAUGGAAAAAUGUUCAUUCUGUUAGUGAUAUUAUACUUACUCCAAAAGACCUUGCUUUAGAUGACCAUAUCCUUUGUGAUGAAUCCACAUUAGAAAUGAUUCAUAAUAAUGGGUCAAGUGGUAUUCAAACAAAAGAAUGUCCUUCAUCCUAUUUACAAGUUUCUUUAUCAGAGUAA